AUUAAAAAUUCCUGCGCGCACAGCCGGAAAUCGCACCAUCCUCUGUUUUCUUUCCACUUUUUACUUUAUUUUAGGUUCUCUACUCCGCCAGGACAUCGGCUUGUCGCGGGUGGCUGCCAUCAACACUCGACAUGCGGGUUAAAUCGUCUUGUUUUGGGGGUAUUUUCUUUUGAAAUGAGGAGGAGAAAGGGAAAGCACAGGCAGCACCAGCAAGGGGAGUGACGAGUCAAUACAACUCAUAAUUUAAUGGGGACACAGAGGGGGAAAGCGAGAAAGAAAGAAGAGCUCCCGUCCGGACGUUAAUCAAACCAGCAGAAAGAACACAUAUCGCAAGCAGAUGUUAUGCAUCCAUAGCAAGCCUUAACUCGAUAUUGGAAAGUAAAUCGCACUUUUUAACAUGGGUGUGCAUUUCGUUGCGCCAUCGUCUCUACAUGAGAUAGCAGAUCAUUGUCGAUUUUUUUUUUCUAGAGAAGCCGAAUUUAUUUAAUACACGUUAUUUUUGUAUGCGUUUAUACAUCAGGAUUGUUCGCGACUGGUAGAAAUAACAGAUUUCAGCACCGCUUACCACUAUCCGAUGUUCUAUUCACGAACGACUGACUGAUAAUCGUGGUGGAUACGUUGUGUUAACUCGUUGCACUUGUAACCGAUGGACUAUGCUCGAGACAGUUAUCCAGUUUAUUGUAUCAGGUGUUAUUUUCCUCCGCUACUUCUGAUAAAACGUAAGAAUGACUAUUUUUCCAGUGAGCAAAUAAUUCGAUUUAUUUAGGCUAUACUGUACAUACUUAAUUCCUUACCAAUGUUAUCGUAUCCCAGUCUGUCUCGACGUCUUCUUUUAUAUAGAUGUGGGUUGCUCUUUUGUAUAUCAACCUUUCAUCUCUCAAAAGAAGAACACAUUUCUGUAGAGGACCUAUCAUUUAAACCUAGAAAGCAUCAGACAUUGAAGUUUUCUUUCCCUUGACAAAACUUGAAGAAGGCAUCGUUCACCAAGACUGCAUUAUAUGCUUUCGAGUUUUGAAGUGCUGAGUUUCAGGUGAUAGUGAGCAGAGGUGCUGAGAAUGAUGGACCAUCUCAGCGAGGCGUGCCUGGGGAAGGAGAACUGUGACCUGGUCAACAGCAUGGGUGACCGCGACUCCAAGGCCCCCCCAGCCAAGCUGGCCCGGCUGGAACAGAACGGCAGCCCCGUGGGCAGGGCCCGCCUGGGCAGCACGGGGGCCAAGCUGGCCGGGGUACCCUACAAACCCUCGGGACACCUCCUCAAGAACUGCCACAAGAGGGGCAACAUGCUCCCUGUGUUCUGCGUGGUGGAGCAUUACGAGAGCCCCAUCGAGUUUGACAGCAAGGAGGAGCAUGCCGAGUUUGUGCUGGUCAGGAAAGACAUGCUGUUCAACCAGCUCAUCGAGAUGGCCCUUCUGUCACUGGGCUACUCGCACAGCUCGGCGGCACAGGCGAAAGGUCUCAUUCAGGUGGGCAAGUGGAACCCGGUCCCACUGUCCUACGUGACGGACGCGCCGGACGCCACCGUGGCAGACAUGCUGCAGGACGUGUACCAUGUGGUCACGCUGAAAAUUCAGCUGCACAGUUGUCCUAAACUGGAGGACCUGCCGCCAGAGCAGUGGACCCACUCUACAAGUAUGAUCUCCUCCAUUGUGAACAGCACUUACUAUGCAAAUGUGUCGGCGGCGAAGUGUCAGGAAUUUGGGCGCUGGUAUAAACAUUUCAAGAAGACAAAAGAUAUGAUGGGCAUGCGCCAACCCUCGCAGCUGGAGGGCUACCUGGGGACGUGUGUCCUCCACGACAGCCCGCGUGGCAACACACUAGCAGACAUGGACGGCCUGUCCGACCACUCCCCUCCGGGCCCCAACCACAACCAUCUGACCUUCUCCCAGCAGCCCAUCCCGGGCAGCACGGCCGAGCAGCCCCCCUCCUCCCCGGUUCUCCCCCUGCCCCCUCCGUCCCACAGUGGGGGCCAGACGCCCGGCCGCCCGGCUCAGCUCCCUGGCCUGCAUCACCCUGGCCUGGUGUCCACCCCCAUUAGCCCCCAGCUGGUGAACCAGCAGCUAGUCAUGGCCCAGAUUCUCAACCAGCAGUAUGCCGUCAACCGGCUCCUGGCACAGCAGUCGCUGUCGCAGCAGUACCUCAACCACCCACCGGUCAACCGAAACUCCCUGACCAAGCCACUGGAGCCCCAGGUAGCCAGCAACACCGAGGUGUCCAUGGAGAUAUACCAGUGGGUGAGGGACGAGCUGAAGAGGGCCGGCAUCUCCCAAGCCGUGUUCGCCCGCGUGGCUUUCAACAGGACCCAGGGCCUGCUGUCUGAGAUCUUGCGUAAAGAGGAGGAUCCUAAGACGGCCAGCCAGUCUCUGCUGGUCAACCUGCGGGCCAUGCAGAACUUCCUGCAGCUGCCCGAGGCCGAGCGAGACCGUAUCUACCAGGACGAGAGGGAAAGGAGCCUGACGGCUGCCUCGGCCAUGGGGCCUGCGCCACUCAUCAGCACCCCGCCCACCCGGCCAGUGCAGCCCAGGAGAGAAGACUGUAACAACGUCAGACCUGAGGACUGGAACCCCAGAAUCCCUGUGGGCAUCUCUCCUAUCCCCGAAUCCAGAAAACACGGCAGCAUCACCUUGUUUUCCAACCCUUUUGCUGACACCCCUUACCCUGCCCAGGUGAAGGCCUCUCCGCUCCCCAGCGAGUGGAACGGCAAAACGGAGAGCUGCAUCCUCAACAUCAACUCCUCCAUCUAUGACGAGAUCCAGCAGGAGAUGAAGAGGGCCAAGGUUUCCCAGGCUCUGUUUGCCAAAGUGGCCGCCUCCAAGAGUCAGGGCUGGCUGUGUGAGCUUCUGCGCUGGAAGGAGGACCCCAGCCCGGAGAACCGUACACUGUGGGAGAACCUGUCCAUGAUCCGCCGCUUCCUGAGCUUGGCCCAGGCAGAGCGUGACGCCAUCUACGAACAGGAGAGCACGGCCGGCCAGCAGCAGCACCACGCCGACCGGCCCCCGCACACAAUGCACAUGUCCACUGACCCCAUGCAGAACCCAACUCUGAUGUAUAUGUCUCACACAGACCCACUACAGUCUCAGACCCAUCAACCGCCACAGCAGCAGCACCAGCCCCCCAUGUCCCUCCAGCACCCCCAGCCUCCACUGUCCCAGCAGCCCAUGCAACAGCAGCAACCACCCAUGGGCCCUCGGCUGCCCCCUCGCCAGCCCUCCACCGCUUCCCCGGCAGAGACAGAGGACGAGGGCCGCGGUGGCGGAGGCACCAAGGCUCGCUCCGGCGGGGGCAAGAUCUCCCAAGAGGCCCUAGGCAUUCUGCAGAGCUUCAUCCAGGACGUGGGGAUGUACCCAGACGAGGAGGCCAUCCACACCCUAUCGGCCCAGCUGGACCUACCCAAGCUCACCAUCAUCAAGUUCUUCCAGAACCAGCGCUUCUACGUCAACCACCCGGCCAAGCCGCCCAAGGAACCCAGCAACAGCAGUAGCAGCAGCCCUGCCUUCGAGGAGGAACUGUCGGAAUUCAGGGAGGGCAGCGCCGAGCUGCUGAAGGAGCUGGAAGAGAGCACACAGACCAACAGCACCAUCUUCUCCAUCAAGAUCGAGGAGCACCUGGCCCGCUCUGAGGCCCUCUCAGAAUCUGACCACGAGGCCAAGGAGUAGAGAGAGCAGCCCCCAGUCUGAACACUGUGCUAAAAGAGUAGUGUUGCUAUACACACAGAGACUGAAUGCAAUGCUAAAGGGUAAUGGUCUGGCUAGCGCAGUGCGACCGCUGCGAGGGAAAAGAGUAGUGUUUUUAUCAAUGCAGAGUCUGGACUCUAUGCGUACGAUUAGCGUUUAUAUAUCAAUGCAGACUGAAAGGCUACGCAACGCUAGCAUUCUCACGCUGAAACCCUCCAUUUCCACAGACUACAGUAAUACGAAUAAGUAUUGCUUUUUCUGAUUUUGUAAAACUUGUAUUAUUCACUGUAAAGACUGAUGCAUCAUUUAAAUAAUCUGCACAAAAAAUUAUUUGAAGUAUGUUGCCGUGGAUAUUUGCUGACUGCACUUAAUCUGUCUGUCGUUUUACACUGAUUUCCUUUCUUUUUGAGCUACUGAUAUUAUAAUAAAAAGCCCCCAUGGAGUUUGAUAGGAUAGGAGGUGUUUACGUAUGUGGUGUUAACUGGAUUUUUUCAAAUGCAUAUGAAAAUCGAGGACCAAGUGGAUGACAAGGUCUUAAUGAUGAGGUACUACGUCUGGAAGCCUGCUGGCAAAUUAGUUAUUCUUUGAAAAAGCGAAAAACAUGACAGUGAUUACGGAUCACUCAAACUCUGGAACCCAAAACGCACCCCAAGUGCGUCGCCGAGAAUAGCUCAAUCGUUACAUAUUAUUUGUUAGGAAGAAAUAUAAAUAUAUAUAUAGACAUUAUAUUAACUGUAAAAAAAUACAGUCUUAAAGAAACUAUGCCAAUAAAUGCCUUGUACUAUAUGGCACUGCCGAUUAGAUUAUUUUGCAAAACCUUUGUCACUGUAACUUUUUGAAUCAGCCACACAGUUUAAAAAUGUGAAUCACAAACUCUGUUUUUUGUUGUCUUCUACAUUAUUUAUUUGCAGUUCAUGCAGUGUUUCUGAUGUAAUUACUUUUUUUGGAAAGUUUGUUACAUAGAGCUUUUUUUUUUUUUUUUCACUGAUCCUUUUCUAUUUAUAAAUGUAAUUUUGAUGGGCAGUAAAAACAAAAAGUGUCUUAACGUUUUAAAUGGAAAAUGUGCUUUAAAGGUUGCCUAUAAAAGUGCUGUAUGUCAAGCAACUCAUGCUACAAGCUUCACAAUUAAUGUUGUAUGCAAUUUUUACUAUCAUGCAAAUAAGCUUAGGUAAAUUACUAACCUAUAGAACACCUUAGAGAGAAAAACAUAUGCAAUCUGUGUGAAUAUCGAUGUCUGCAAUGUGUCUUCCUUUGGUUAACAAUCCAAUUCAAGCUAUUCCUGUAUAAAUAUCCUGUAUACAUUUUUUUUUCUUUUUUAUGAGUUUAUUUCAAUGAGAACAUCAGUUAUUUUGUUACAACUGACUGUUUUAUAAGUGUUUCUCGGUUUCUUUAUGCAGAAAUUGUCUAACUAGGAGUGGUUCUUUAUUGUUAAUUACACAAUUAAACUGUUUGUAUUGUA